AUGCUAAAAUUCAAUAUCAAUAAUGGCUGUGUGGAACUCAAGCCAAAGCGAAAGAAGACAAAGAAGAGCAAAUCAAAGCCAACUAUCAGCAAAAUCUUAAGAAGAGCCCAAAGAAUAGACAAUGAUAAAGAGAACAAGAACACCAACAUUCGAAGAUGAGGUCCAUCUUUCUGUGUCCCAAACCAGUCAAACUGAGUUGUUAGAAGUUUCAACUAUUUUAAUCCGAGACCCACUGGAAAGGAGGAGUUCUUCCUGAAAACUCUAUCAGAAGCUGAUAUCAGGCUUAAUGAUGAGAUAGAACAUUCGAUAGCUGACAUUAGACUGCUAAACGAAAAGGAGAUUUGUCCCAAAUAAACAUCUCAAGUUUUCAGUAGCCGAUGAAAACUUAGAGUAUGUAGAUUUUGAAAAUGAAGGUCCUAAAAGGAUAUCCCAUCUCAUUCCGCAGACUCAGGUAAAAUUAGAAUUCUUUGAAAGGAGAAGCAAUAAAGAUUCUCGUCCUCCUUUUACAAACAAAGAUCCAAAGGAGAUGAAUAAAUUAAAUAAUCGCCGAUUUAAAAGUUUGCAAGGAUUCAUUCCAAAAGCAGCCAACCUAAAUGAUAAUCCCUUUCCGCUGAGACAAAGGGAAGAGAUAAAUCAAAACAAGUGAUAUGAAGAGAGACGGCCGUUUUAUUAUCAGUCAACAAAGACCGGAUCUAAAUCUCCUUGUGAUAACUUGGCUACCCCUAAAUUAUCUAAUUUUGAUACUUCGAUUUUAAACUCAAGCAUCCAAGUUGAGGAUCCUCCUAUUAAGCCAAUCCUAGCUGAGAUAAAACGAAGUUAUACUCGCUGAAUUUGUCAAAUUCCAAACUCUGGAAGAGAGUCUGACAGCUACUCCUGUGCUAGUACAUACAGAGCCAAUGUUGAUGAUACAGAUGAGCAUGAAUUUUCUGUAAACCAGUUACCCAAGGUGAGUCCGGCACCCAGCCGACUACCUUGUGGUGAGUACUGCAAACGUCUAAGUGCAAAUGAGGAGAAAUAGACUAAUCCUCUUCACAAUUCGACAAUUAUUGCAGGAAAACGCUAAGAAACCAUCUUGUGUUCUAAAAGAGAGCUCUUCAGAUACCUUGAGAGAUUUCAUCCAUUCUGAGAAGUAUGCAGAAGAAAAUGAAAGAAAAUAUAUCAUAAAUUGUGCUUGGUGGGCAAAAUGGACAGAUUAUGUUAAUUUCAACUUGGAAAUAAAAUUAUGAGAUCUUGAUCAAUAUCUAUUGGAGAGUAAAGAGCAUGGAGACUGAGAAUACGAACGACCUCAAAAAAUAACAAACUCACCUCUUCUUAUUGGAACCCACGAAAAUCCAACAAUGAUGGAUAAAGCUAACUGAGAGUCACCUCUAUACGGCUCUAACAUCCAAUUUCUCUCAGAAAGAUCCAAAUUCCUAAAACCAAACCUCAUCGAAGGACUAUAGACUACUGCUACAUCCCAGGCUACCUAUGGAGGUACCUGAUCAACUGGUACGAUACAGAUUAUGCUGUGCCCAAAAGAGUCAGAGGCAGAUAUGAGAUUUAAGAAUAGUAGGAAUUUUAAGUA